AUGGGUGUAAAGAAAUACACUGAUAAGGCACAGAUUGUCUUGAAGGGAUGCCUUGAUGAGGCGCUUGCAAAUAACAACAAUUUUGUUGAGCCGGAGCAUCUUCUGAAGGUUAUUUUGAAUGAUUCGGAGAAUGUGCUGUGCAGUACUUUGACUCCUGACGAGCUGAGCGAGAUCAAAGUUGCUGUUGCACGCAGAAUAGGUGGGUUUGCGAAGCAAUACAGUUGUACUGAACCUAGGGUUGGAGAGGCACUUGGAAGAGUUGUGUUGGCGGCAGAAGGCGUGAGAGACGAGUAUGUUUCUAUAAAUGUGCUUGUGUUGAAGCUGCUUGAGACAAAAAGCAUAUGCGAGCUGAUUAGAAAUGUUGAAGAGGUUAGGAAAAGAGUUGAGGAGCACACGAGAGGCAAGAAGUUUGAUUCGAGGAAUUCCGAUGAGAUGGAGGGUGCAAUAUCGAAGUUUGCCGUAGACAUGGUUGAGCAGGCAAGGCAGAAUGUGUUCGAUCCUGUUAUUGGAAGAGAUGAGGAGAUAAGACAGGUGAUUGAGAUUUUAUCUAAGAAGACGAAGAGCAAUGCGAUUUUAGUGGGUAAGCCUGGAGUGGGAAAGACAGCGAUAGUGAAUGGGAUUGCACAGAUGAUAGCGAAUGGAGAAGCACCGACGCUGCAGGGCGUUAGGAUAUACAAUGUUGAUGUUGGGUCGAUGGUUGCUGGGACUUCGCAUCGAGGAGAUUUUGAAGAAAGGCUGAAGAAGCUUGUGAAGGAGGCAGAGAGCAUGCCUGGAGUGAUUAUUUUUAUUGAUGAGAUUCAUAUUGUUCUUGGUGCAGGCAAGACAGAUGGGGCGAUGGAUGCAGCAAAUAUGCUGAAGCCUGGACUUGCGGCAGGAACCAUCAAGUGCAUUGGUGCAACAACACACGAUGAGUAUAGAAAGUAUGUUGAGAAGGACCCAGCGUUUGAGAGAAGGUUUGUACAAGUGGUUGUACGAGAGCCAUGUAUUGAGGACUCUGUGACAAUGCUGAGAGGGCUUAAGGAGCGAUUGGAGGCGUAUCAUGGGGUGAAGAUAGCGGAUAGUGCGCUUAUGUAUGCAGCCACAGCAUCGAAGAAGUAUAUAUCGAAUAGGAGGCUGCCUGAUGUAGCGAUUGAUCUGAUUGAUACGGCAUGUGCAAGUGCAGUGAUUGCGCUUGAAAGCGAACCACAGGAGAUUUUGAAUGCAAGGGCGAAGGCAUGGUCGCUUGAGCUUGAGAAGGCAAGCCUGGAGAUUGAUCUGAACAGGGAAAAGGAUGAGCAGACAAUGCGCAGGCUUGAGAGUGUGACAGAGAAGAUAGAGGAAGUGAAGAGGAGCUUACAGCCGAUGGAGGAGGCAUACAUGAAGGAUAAGAGCUACAUAAUUGAGGCAAAGAAGUUGAAGAAGAAGCUUGAGGAUACGAGACUUAGGCUGGCACAGGCUGAGAGGGACAGAGACACGUACCUGGCGUAUGACCUGAAGACCAAUGUGAUUCCUGUGAUUGAAAGUGAGAUUAAGCGACUUGAGACGGUUGAGGUCAUUCUCCCAGUGAAUGUUGCAGAGGUGAUAAGCAGAUGGACAGGGAUUCCAGUGAAGAGGCUUACGCUGAAAGAGAAUGAAAGGCUUCUGGAGAUGUCUCAAAGAAUAAAGCAACGGAUAUUUGGCCAAGAUCAUGCGGUGGACAGCAUUGUUGACUCGAUCCUACAGUCGAGAGUUGGACUGAGCAGGGAAGACAAACCUAUUGGUGCGUUUCUUCUUCUUGGGCCGACUGGAGUAGGAAAGACCGAGCUUGCGAAGGCGAUUGCAGCAGAGCUGUUUGAUGACGAAAAGAACAUGCUUGUGCUUGAUAUGAGCGACUAUGGAAACGAAAUGAGUAUUACGAAGCUGAUUGGAGCGUCUGCAGGAUAUGUGGGAUACAACGAGGGAGGAGCGCUUACUGAACCUGUGAAGAGCAAGCCAUACAGCGUGAUAUUGCUAGAUGAGGUUGAUCUUGCACAUCAGACGGUUCUGAAUGUGUUAUACCAGCUGCUGGACGAGGGCAGAGCUACUGAUGGGAAGGGAGUCACAGUAGACUUCAGAAACUGUGUGUUGAUUAUGACGUCUAAUCUUGGACAAGAGGUGAUAAUGAGAUCGAAUGUGAUGACUACUGAGGACAGGAAAGAAAUGGAAAGGCUUGUGCUGCACAGGUUUGGGCCACCGCUUGUGAACAGGAUCGAUGAUGUGAUCUACUUUAACAAGCUUGGCAAGGACAGCAUGUAUAUGAUUCUUGAGUAUCAGCUUGACCAGCUCAACAAGAGGCUGGAAGAGAAAGGAAUGGCUCUCAGGAUUUCUGAUGCGGUGAGGGACGAUGUGGUUGAGAAGGCGCAUUCCUCGGUGUAUGGGGCACGCCUGUUGAAGAGGUUUAUCCAAUCGAACUUUGUUCAUGCAUUGACGAAAAUUAUGCUGAUGAGAAGCAGUGAAGAUUUGAUCUAUGUUGAGUGCACACAUCCUUCUGAGAUGGCCGAAGGGAUUCAGAUAGCAGAAUAUGUGUAUAAAGUGGUGCCCAGGUGA